AUGGCUCUAAUUGAGGAGAGAAAUAAUUUACACUUUGUUGCUAAAAGUUUGAUUGCUGGUGGUGUUGCGGGAAUGUGCUCCAAAACUACUGUCGCUCCGUUAGAUAGAAUUAAAAUUCUUUUACAAGCUCACAGUAAUCAUUACAAACAUCUAGGCGUAUUUUCUGGCUUGAAAGAAAUAAUACUGAAAGAAAAAUUCUUUGCACUGUACAAAGGAAAUUUUGCUCAAAUGAUUAGGAUAUUUCCGUAUGCAGCCACACAGUAUACGUCUUUCGAAAUGUAUAAAAAGUACAUGGGACGAAUUUUCGGUAAAAAUUCUCACAUAGACAAAUUUUUCGCUGGAUCCAGUGCUGGAGUUACUGCAGUAACUCUGACGUAUCCUCUGGAUACUAUCAGAGCUCGAUUAGCAUUUCAAGUAACCGGGGAACAUAUUUACAGUGGCAUUAUUCACACAGCGGUGUCUAUUUUUAAGGAUGAAGGAGGAUUUUUGGCGUUGUACCGAGGAUUUUGGCCAACGAUAUUUGGAAUGAUACCUUACGCUGGUUUUUCAUUUUAUUCUUUUGAGUACCUUAAAUUUUUUUGUAUGAAGUACCUGCCGCAUUAUCUGUGCAACGACUGUCCAAGAAAUACCGGUGGGCUUGUCUUAACAAUGCCAGGAAAAUUACUGUGUGGGGGAAUAGCUGGUGCUGUAGCACAAAGCUUCUCUUAUCCGCUCGAUGUCACCAGAAGACGAAUGCAAUUAGCCAUGAUGAAUCCGGCUACACAUAAAUACGGGACGGGAAUGAUUUCGACGAUUAAAUUAAUCUAUCUGGAACAUGGAAUAAUUAAAGGACUGUACCGCGGGAUGAGUAUUAAUUAUUUACGUGCUGUACCGAUGGUAUCUGUUAGCUUCACAACUUAUGAAUUAAUGAAACAGAUGCUGGACUUGGACACGGGCAUGACAAUCUCAUAG